AAUAAAAAAUCAUUCAACUUUCAUAAAAUUAUUCAUAUUUAUUUAAUUAAUUAUUAUUGUAAUAUUGAACUUUUCUGGUAGUUCAAUUGACAACAGAUUCUCAUUUGCAAUAUCAACUUAUCGGCAGACAGCAAAGGAUAUAGUUACAUAUUUACAAUUUAAUUUACAAUGGUAAUGGUUCGAGGAAUGUCGGUGUGAAUGGUCGGCCCCUAUAUAUUUUCAUCCAACUAAAUCUGGCCCGCUUUGCAAAAAGUUUGGACACCUCUGCGCUACAUCUUGCGUGAGUAGAGAAGGGAAAACGUGGCGGUCCACUCACUACAGUGUCGCUUGCACUUGAAUUGGAAUUUAUCUCUCAGCUUCCUUCCUCUAGUUCUUGAGCCAUUCUCUCCUGUUCUAUUCAUGUGACUGAUUUGAAGCGAAUGCCUCCAAGUCCCACCCAGCACUCUCGUCAGUCGAGCAGCAUCUUAUGAUCAACCGUGUCAAAUGCAGCGCUGAGACAUAGCAAUACCAAGACGGCCAGCAGUCAGUAUUCAGAUAGAUGUCAUUUGAGACUUUUUGCCAUCUCAGUGCUGCGCCAUGGUCAAAAACGCAUGAAAAGGAUUGCUUUGCAUCAUACAACUGUGAAGCUGUUGGAAAACAUACCUUUGCAUGAUUUCUUCCCCAAACUGAAGAUUUGAAAUGGGCCUGUCGUUACAUCCAGGUUGUUGCUGUUUUUCUUGAAGGGCUUUUUAAGGACUGGGGAGACUGCUCUGAUUGAAGAGAAUGAAUUAAUCACUUGGAGUCGUGCGGUUACAAUCAAAAACAUUUUUUGAGAAACUGUGAAGGCAGUAUAUGGAGACAGUAUGUUGUGGGUCUUCACUUCAAAACCAUUUCUUUCAAACUUGUGUCAUCUUGUCAUUUUUCCAGAGAGGGAGCCAUGCACAUGCGUUUGUUGCUAAGGGACUAGUUCAAAAAGAGAUUGUUGUGAUUGCUCAGCACGUGGGUCGUGACAUGGCGGCAGCGGCCAACGGUACCCAGCUCAUUGAGUAUCGAGACUCCCUCAGCAAAGCAGUGCUCAAGAAUGUACUGGUGCUCGCCAUCGGACUGUCCAUCAACUACAUCAACGCCAGCCUCGUGUACACCUUCUGCAAACACCAGAUCUUCUACUGCAACCCUCGCUACAUCCUCUUCUUCCACCUGGUUGUGAACGACAUGAUCCAGAUGAGCGUGAGCGUCAUCCUCUUUGUGAUCAGCUACACCCUUUAUAGGAUCAGCGUCCUAUCGUGCACCCCCUUAAUCCUGAUGGCUGUCAUCACCGGGGAGAACACGCCCCUCAACCUGGCGUGCAUGGCGGCCGAGUGCUACGUGGCCGUGUGCCUCCCGCUUCACCACACCCGAAUCUGCACGGUCAGGAGGACUCUAGCCCUCAUCGCCUUGAUCUGGGCAAUCAGCGUCAUCUCCACCUUCCCGGAUCUCUUUGUCACUCUGGCCUCCGAGCCUCUGGAGUUCUUCUCCUCCAGAAUCUUCUGCCUCCGGGAGACAGCCUUCCCCAAUCCGUUGCUGGCUCAGAAGCGGGACAUCACCUACAUCGUCUACCUGGUCCUGGUGUGGUCAGUCAUCUUCUUGCUGUAUUUCAAGAUCCUCUUCACGGCCCAAACGGCAAACAAGGAUGCUAAGAAGGCUCGGCGGACCAUCGUCCUGCACGGCGUUCAGGUUCUGCUGUGCAUGACCAUGUACGCCGAGGCUCUGGUCAAGAUGGCUCUGCUCCGCUGGUUCCCCAGGAACUACUCGGACUCGCUGUUUGCCUGCUACGUUGUGGUUCAGUUGUUGCCCCGUGCCAUCAGCCCCAUCAUAUACGGCGUGCGUGACAAGUGCUUCAGGAAGUACCUCAAACACUACCUGGUCUGCAAGAGCGGCCAUCUGUGACUUUGCACUCGGAACAACAACACUGUGUCUCACCAUGACAUCGGUCCUACUUUCAAGCGCCUUCACCAGAGGACUCGAAACUGCAACUUUUUCUCCAACAUGUUUUUGCUUGAAAAAUCACCGUUCAAAUGUAGCUUUGACCUAAUAUGUUGUAUUUAUUGACUUCUGAUGGGUCCCCAGUUGUUGUGCGCCCCAUACCGAGGACUCGAUGUCGGUGGCCUCUUAUCUGGUCCCAGUGCAGACGACUCUGUGACAUAGUGUCUUCUCACCGGAGGCUCUGUACCCGACCUUAAGUACUUGCAACACUCACCUAUCCUCACAAGAAUGUUUGCAUUUUGUUGCGUUUUGUUCAAGAUGUCCGUUGUUGAGCAAGGAAAACAAAGAUGUGGAGUAGCAGUUGUUUUUUUAUUUGCAAGACCUUGGGUUGUUUAAUGGCAGUCAGUGCACAAAGCACUUCAACAGAUGAAAUAACGUCAUACUCCAGAUCAAAAGGUUUUAUAUUGUCCACUAGCGGGAACUAGGAAGAGAAGGGGAGGGAAGGAAAAACAUGUCCUAGUAAGUUGUAAGGUAUACAUCUGUUCUGUUAUCACCUGAAUGUCCUGUUAUCUACUGAAUGUUUUGUCACUAUGUGUCAUGGAAAGUUAACUGAGCUCUGUGUGCUGUGUCAGUGUUCUGAUUGAGCAUCUAUGUUUGUAUAAAUUAGUAAGAAUAUUUACACAUUGAUUGACAUGAUAAAGUAUAUAGGUUUGUAUAAACUAAUAAGAGUAACACAUUGCUCUUGCUCCCUCUUCAAUUUACCAGAGUAUGCAAGAGCAGUUUCGAGUUAUUGGUGGCUCCAAUACCGUCAUUAGAAAGGUGGAGUUGAUU